AUGGUCCAGCAACCCCGGCUAUUUAGGGAUCUUGUGAGUGAGGGCAUCUUUGGCGUCAUUGCUGAAGUUUUGCAGAGUCAAGAUAAAAAGCUUGUGUUAACUGGGACAGACAUCCUUGUUCUUUUCCUCAACCAGGAUCCGAAUCUUCUGCGUUCUUAUGUCACUCGGCCGGAAGGUGUUCCUCUUCUUGGACUCCUGGUAAAAGGUAUGAUAACAGAUUUUGGGGAUGAUAUGCAUUGCCAAUUUCUUGAAAUUCUUCGAAGUCUUUUGGAUUCAUUUACAGCAGGAUCCCAGAGAGAUACAAUUGUUGACGUUUUCUAUGAGAAGCACUUGGGUCAAUUAAUUGAUGUUAUAACAUCAUCAUGCCCUCCUAAUGGUGCUGCUCAAGUGGUCAGUAAAUCUUCAGGCUCUGAUGGGGGCAUUGAGAGUCAUACCAGUGCGAAGCCCGAAAUACUUCUGAACAUAUGUGAUCUCCUGUGCUUUUGUGUUUUGCACCAUCCACACAGAAUAAAGGGCAGUUUUGUGCUCAAUAAUUUGGUAGAUAAAGUCUUAUUUCUGACUUGUAGAAGGGAAAAGUACCUUGUACUUGCUGCAAUUCGAUUCAUCCGAACUCUUAUUGCCCGCAAUAACAAUGGACAUUUUAAAGACGAGCAUCUAAUGAAUCAUGUUGUGAAGAACAACCUUUUGAGACCAGUUGUGGAUUGUUUUGUUGCCAAUGGCAAUCGUUACAAUCUUUUGAAUUCUGCUGUUUUGGAACUUUUUGAACAUAUCUGGAAGGAGAACUUGAAGAUAUUAAUCACAUAUUUGGUUGAUUCUUUCUGGGAUCAGCUGGUCAAAUUUGAGAAUUUGUCUUCCAUUCACUCUCUAAAGGUUAAAUAUGAGCAGUCCCUUGACAGCUUGGGAACGGAAAGUGCCAUUGAUGUCAUAGAUUCUAGAAAACGAAUAGACGAACGUGCGCUUGAGAAAGAAGAAGAAGAUUACUUCAAUGAGAACAGUGAUGAAGAAGAUUCAGCAUCAGUUUCUUUGCCUGAUACCAGUAGAGUACAAGCUAAGCCUGUUUUACCCAAUGGAUCUGCUGCAAGCUACUCAUCUUUAAGAUCUGGUGGACUCGUUGAUUAUGAUGACGACGAAGAUGAUGAAGACUACAAGCCACCGCCUAGCAAACAGUCAGAUAUUUCUGGUGAAGAGGAGGGAACAGUAGAGUCCUUCAAUAGGUUGAAACGGAAGUUGGCUUCAAAGGAGGAGCCUGAGUUGAUAAAGAAGCAGCGGUUAGGUAAAAACAUGAAGUCAAAUUGUAGUGUAUUUGCUGCCUUGCGCUCAACUUUAAGUCAGACAGUUUUACCCAAUAAAAACACAGCAGCAGCUGUGCAUAUUUUUCCCCGUUCCUCAGACGUGACCAAGAUGUCUGAUGAAGGAAAUCACGAUGAGAAUGGAUCUAUAAGCUGUUCUGAUAAGAGUAGCAGUAUAGAGGAGGAAAACCAUAGAGACAAGGAAUCAGCUGCUCCUAGGAACUGUUCUGAUAGCUUGCAUAACACUUUGGAAAAUGAACAGCGGGGUUCCCAAAUUAGCAGUUUAGAGGAGGAAAACCGUACAGACAACAAAUCAGCUGCUCCUAAAAACUGUUAUGAAAGUUUGCACAACACUUCAGAAAAAUAAACAGCAGGUUGGAGAUGACUCUCCAUUGAUACCACCAAAAUCCUCAUUGGACAUGGCUGUACAUGGAGUCUAAGUAGUUUUUUGGUAUCAUGUUCAGCCUAUUGACUUAUUCUAUCAUGCGUUAUAUUAGCCCUCAUACCUUCUAGGUGGCACAACGGGGAAAAAGGUUUCCAUUAGCUGACCCCAAAAAAGUUGGGACGAGGCUUAGUUGGAGUUGUACAGUCUUGGUAGCAAUCAGCCCAGUGGUUAUAGAUGGCACUCGGCCUUGUGAUACUGAUGAACUUUCUAUGGUGAAGGUAGCAAUCAGCCUUGUGGUACAAAUGGAACUUUCUACAGUGAAAGCACUAAUCCAACGAACCAGGAAUAACUGGUAAUGGCAUCUAUCAAUUCUUGAAGAGGAUAUACUGCACAGUGCCACUAGAAGCACGGGGAGAAAUUUAUGCUCAAGAGACUUCCCCUUUGUUUAGUCUUUCUGAUGCCGUUAAGCUGAGUAAUUAUUUGCUAAUUUGAAACAUUCACUUGCAAAAGUUUUUCUUUUUCCAAUUCUCCUGUGCUUAUGUUUUUCCCAUCUUACUUUUUUGAUCUUGAAAUUAUCUUUUAUAUAUAGACUGGCCAUCGAUGUUGCUCUACGUAAUCAUAUUUCUGCAAUAUUUGUGGUGGGUUUUGGGGUGUACUGAGAGAAAGGCUUGUGAAUUGGUUUGAGGUCGAAUAGCGGAGAAUUUCGGAGCCUUGUAAUCUAAUCAUAAGCUCCUGUACAUUAUAAUUUUGAAGGAGGAAGUUAGAACUUUAUACCAAACUCAAUAAUUGUCCAAGUCCAUUUCAGUUUGCUCUAUAAACAAAAGUUGUUUGUUUUUGGGUCUCCUUUAUAGCAGUGUAUGCAAUUUGAUUGCCUUGCAGAUUCAUAAGAGGGAUGAAUUUGUUUAGUAUAUUGUAUGCCUUGUUAUUUAUUUAGAACAAUCA